AUGCGCCAUCUCUGCUUCGAACCCAAGCGAUUUCCCGCAACCUACGAGCCAUGGAUCUCUCGAGACCAUCGAAGCAUCAUCCUGCUCCUCCUCCAGAGCUGCUCCUCGAAGCAGCAGCUCGCUCAAAUCCACGCCCGAAUGAUCCGCACUCGCCUCGUACAAGACACCUUCGCCGUCAGCCGAAUCAUUGCGCUCCUCACGUCUCCCUCUGCCCUCUUCGGCACGGUCUACGCCCGUCGCGUGUUCGACCAGAUUCUCCAUCCUAAUCUCUUCAUGUGGAACUCCAUGAUCAGGGGUUACACGCAUCAGCGUGCUCCCAGGGAUGCGCUGUCCACUUUCAAGUUGCUGCUGGCUUGCGGAGGCUCCUCGCCCGACACCUACACCUAUGCUGCCACAGCGAGAGCCUGUGCGCAGCUCAACAAUCUUCCCACCGGAAGCGCGGUGCACGGGCUGGUCAUGAAAUGCGGCUUCGAUUCGGACAUGUUCGUAACGUCGGGAAUCAUCAACUUCUAUAACGGCUGCGGAAAGGUUGAUGUCGCGAGGCAGAUGUUCGAUGAAAUGCCGCACAAGGACGUGGUGUCGUGGACGUCGAUGAUCUCUGGUUACCUGCAACUGAAUCAGCUGGAUGAAGGUUUCCGGUUGUUUGAUGAGAUGAGAAAGGUCGGCGUCGAGCCGAACAAGGUCACCGUAAUGAGCCUGCUCUCGGCGUGCGGCCAGUCGCGAGCCCUCGAGAGGGGUCGUCGGCUUCACUCGAGAAUCUUGGAGCACGGAUGGGAGAGUGACUUGGCUGUCGGCAACUCCGUGGUGAGCAUGUAUGCAAAGUGCGGAGACACGAUAAAUGCCAUGGAUGCAUUCGAGAAAAUGCCCGCUAGAAAUACCGCAACAUGGAAUGCCCUGAUGGGCGGCUUCGUCCGGAGUGGACAUUGCAGAGAAGCUUUGAGUCUGUUCCAAGAGAUGACGUGCAGCUACACGAGGCCUGAUGAGAUAACAAUGGCUACUGCGUUGUCAGCAUGUGCUCAGCUGGGGGAUCUGCAGCAGGGGAAACUUGUUCAUGCUUUCAUGGAGGAGGACAAGAUGAUUACCUGUGACGUCUUUCUUGGAAAUGCCUUGAUCAACAUGUAUGCCAAGAGUGGAGACCUGGCUGAGGCCGAGGCCAUCUUCCAUAACAUGCUUGUGCGGGAUGUAUUCUCGUGGACAGCUCUGAUAUCUGGUUACGUGCAAGGAAACUGCUACAAAAAAGCUUUGAGCCAUUUCGAAGAGAUGCGGCUUUCACGAGUAAAAGCAAAUGAGGUCACAUUGGUCAGUCUGUUGUCUGCUUGUUCGCAGCUUGGAGCUCUGGACUGGGGCAGACGCAUUCAUGCUUAUAUCGAGGAAAAUGAGGUAAGGAAGGAUACUUGUCUGCAGAAUGCACUCGUGGAUAUGUACGCCAAAUGUGGCUGCAUUGACAUUGCAUUGCAAAUAUUUCACGAAAUGCGCUGCAAAGAUGCCCACACAUGGAAUGCAAUGAUUGGGGGUCUCGCGGCUAAUGGACGUGGAAGAGAAGCUAUAGGCCUCUUCGAUCAAAUGCAUGAACUCAGAGAUGUGAGACCUGACGACGUAACUCUCAUGGCUGUUAUUGGUGCAUGUGGGCAUUCAGGGUUGGUGAAGGAGGGGCUUGCCUAUUUCAAUUUAAUGGCUCGGUCAUAUGGUAUUGUUCCUGGAGUCGAACACUAUGGGUGCUUGGUAGACUUACUUGGCAGAGCCGGGUUCAUAGAGGAAGCGAUUGAUCUCAUCGAGAAGAUGCCUAUGACAGCAAACAAUCUGAUAUGGGGUUCGCUUCUUGCGGCUUGUAGGAUCCAUGGGAAGAUGGAGCUGGCUGAGAGGGCUGCACGAAAUUUAAUGAUGUUAGCACCUAAUGAUGAAGGGGCACAUGUGCUUGUUUCGAACUUGUAUGCGGAAGCUCGUAGAUGGGAUGAUGUGGGACAGGUGAGAAGUCUCAUGGGAUGCAAGGGAAUAGCCAAGUCCCCCGGGUGCAGUACCAUCGAGGUGGAUGGAGUCGUUCAUGAGUUCGUUGCAGGGGAUAGAUCAAUACGGCAGAAUGAGUUUGCUUGUUUGGUUCUUGAUAGCCUCGUGCUCCAGACAAAGCUGAUUGCUGGAGGAUCAUGUGGCUAUACUUGAGGCCACAUAUGUUGUGCUUCUUCUGAAGCAUGGUAUUCUUUCGUCCGAUUCUUUUUCAUUUGAUGGGUCAAGAAGACAAAAUCUUGAUCUUGGAUGACAGAAGAAUUUGACGGAAAAUUUAACAGGUCAAGGAAAACAAAUCAAUUGGCUGAGCUUCUAGAUGUUGGUUUGAAAGGGCUUUUUUCAGAGACAUGCAAAUCCAUAGAGGUGUUAUUCAGCAACCCAUUCAAUGAUUGAGCCAAACACAAACUAGUAAAUGAGCUUUUUGUGAUAUCUGUGACUAAUCCAACAUGUAUAUUGAUGACUAACUUUUUUAUCGAUCCAAUUUAUAUAAUGUCAAGAAGAGACAAAGAGUUUAUUAAAGAUUUUGCAGAUCAAGUGUAAAUAAUUUAUCAGAGAAACAU